GGGCGCCGGGGCCUGCGUGUGAGGCCGCUGCGGGUCGUGGUGGAGGCCGUGGGGCGCACGCUGCGGCGGCGCAUCUCCCCGGAGGUGCGUCCGUCGGCACCGAGGCCUGGCGGGUCCGGACCCUGGGGGCCGCCCCGCGCUAGGCUCAGGUAGGAGUGGGGCCGAUCCCGCCCGGCCAGGGUUGGCUUAACGGAGGGGUGUCCACGAAACCCGGUAUCUUGAACUGAAGCGGAACACCGAAAAGCGCUGAGCACACUGUCACAUCCUAGCCACCAGCCAGUCUAUGGGUUUUACCUCCAAAAUAUGUCUUGACUUUGCUUCUUUGCCAGCACCCUGAUUGCAACCCCUGUCAUCUCCUGCUUGGAUCACGCAGACCCUCCGUCUUCCAGGAGGGAGCGUGAAGAUGCUUAAAGAGCAUCCAGGGAUGGCGGAAGACCCUCAGCAGCAAAUGGGUGUUCCCGUGGUAAAACUGGAGAAAGAGUUGCCGUGGGGCAGGGCGAGAGAGGACCCCAGUCCUGAAACCUUCCGCCUGCGAUUUCGGCAGUUCCGCUACCAGGAAGCGGCUGGUCCCCAGGAAGCCCUGAGGGAACUCCAGGAGCUCUGUCGCCAGUGGCUGAGGCCUGAGCUGCACACCAAGGAGCAGAUCCUGGAGCUGCUGGUGCUGGAGCAGUUCCUGACCAUCCUGCCCCGGGAGUUCUACGCCUGGAUGCGGGAGCACGGCCCGGAGAGCGGCAAGGCCCUGGUGGCCACGGUGGAGGACUUCACGGAGGGAGCGCUGGAGGCCAAGGCGGUUCCGUGCCAUGCGCAGGGGGAUCAGGAGGAGACGGCGCUUUGCAGAGGCCCUUGGGAACCAGGUGUCCACUUGGGGCCAGUGGAGGUCAAGCCCGAGUGGGGGAUGCCCCGUGGGGAAGGCGUUCAAGGCCUUGACCAAGGCACGGAGGAGCAGCUCAACCAGAACCCUGGAGAUGGGAUGCAGGCCUUCCAGGAGCAGGCUCUGCCAGGUGUUCAGGCUGGUCUGGGCCUCCCUGCAGUGAGCACCAGGGACCAGGAGAUGGCAGCGGGGUUCCUGACGGCCGGAUCCCAGGGGCUGGGCCCGUUCAAAGACAUGGCCCUGGCUUUUCCCGAGGAGGAGUGGAGGCACGUGGCGCCAGCGCAGAUAGACUGCUUUGGGGAGUACGUGGAUUCCCAGGCCUGUGGGGUCUCACCUCCAGGCGUUGGGAGCGGGGAAAAGGAGCCCAAGACCCAGCUGGCCGACCUCAAGGGCGCCCUGGCUCGGGUGCCGUCAGAGCGGUUUGGGGAAGCCGCGCUCCAGAGCCCGGAGCUCGGAAGGACCUGCGAGCAGGAGGCCGGAGGCUCGGUGGGCAGCACGCUGGGGCCACCGCCUCCCCCCCACGGUGUCGCACCCCUGCCCCGUGACCUCAAGACCCCCAGCGCCUUCUGGAAGCCCUUCCAGUGCCCGGAGUGUGGAAAAGGCUUCAGUCGGAGCUCCAACCUUGUCAGACACCAGCGGACGCACGAGGAGGAGAAGUCGUUCGGCUGCGUGGAGUGCGGGAAGGGCUUCACGCUGCGAGAGUACCUCACCAAGCACCAGCGCACCCACCUGGGGAAGCGGCCCUACGUGUGCGGCCAGUGCUGGAAGAGCUUCAGCCAGCGCCACCACCUGGAGGUGCACCAGCGCAGCCACACCGGGGAGAAGCCCUACCAGUGCGGGGACUGCUGGAAGAGCUUCAGCCGCCGGCAGCACCUUCAGGUGCACCGGCGGACCCACACGGGCGAGAAGCCCUACACCUGCGAGUGCGGCAAGAGCUUCAGCCGCAACGCCAACCUGGCCGUGCACCGGCGCGCCCACACCGGCGAGAAGCCCUACGGCUGCCAGGUGUGCGGGAAGCGCUUCAGCAAGGGCGAGCGGCUGGUCAGGCACCAGCGGAUCCACACGGGCGAGAAGCCCUACUGCUGCCCCGCCUGCGGGCGCAGCUUCAACCAGCGGUCCAUCCUCAAUCGGCACCAGAAGACCCAGCACCGCCAGGAGACCCCGGGCCAGUGAGCCUGCCCCGCCGAGCCGGCCUCCUUGCCCCCCAGCGGGCCUGCAGCGGCCGGGGCCUUCCGGGGAGACCUGGCGGAGGGCUGGGGCGCGAGGACUGUUGCGCAGGGAGGCCCUCUGAUCCCUUCUCCUUCCAUUUGUUCCCAGACGCAGGGGAAGGCGAGGCCUGGUUUGCCCGAGCUGCCGGGAGCACACGGAGCGCGGCGGCUGCGUCUCCCGCCUCCCACCCAGGGGCGCCUGCACCUUCUCUCACCACCCCUGGGAAGCGGCCACACGGGGUUCGGUUCAGGCGGGGUUUCUCCCCUUCCGUGGGUGUUCGUGUCCACCUGCAGCAGCUCGGAGCUCACUUUUCUGAGGGCCCAGGCCUGGCACGACCCUAGUUCAGGCUCUGUCUCCCUUCCUCCCCUCAAUUCUCUCUUCCAUUUUGGGAAUAUUUAUUGACUCUCCUCCGUGUGCCUGGUGCUGGGAGUGCAGUGAACGAGACGGGCGAGCCCUUGUUCCCCGGAGCUUGUGAUCGGGUGCUGGAAGCACCCCCGUUAGUAGCCCAGAGCCUCGGGGUGAGGGCGAGGGGACGUGAGGGGACGUCCUGCCCCGCCUGCCCGGUGCCCCGUCUCCCCUCCCAGUGGGGGUCGCUCAGGCAGUCUCCUUCAUUUAACUCUAUGUGUAGCCCCCCGUGUGUCUAACCUUUGACCCUGCGGUUUCCCCACUCUGUUUUUCCUUGUAUGAUAGAAGCUGUCCACACAUCUGUUAGGAAAUUAAUAUUUUGCUGUUAAUUACUGAAUAAACGUGAGAGUAUUUUAAAAUA